AUGUUGGAACACAAUGAAAGUACUAAACAUUACGUAGUCCACUGUGAAGUUGUCUUUCACGGAGGCCAUGAUCUGACCAUCAUUGACACAAUCACUAGGUCUGCAAGAGAACUUCCAAUAAAAUCGCCAAGUUUUAAUUAAUUAACGUUACAAAUAAACCGCGUUUUCCAUGUACGCGUUUUCCAUGUACGCGUUUUCCAUGUACGCGUUUUCCAUGUACGCGUUUUCCAUGUACGCGUUGUACGCGUGUACGUGUACGCGUUGUACGCGUGUACGUGCACGCGUUUUCCAGACAACCUACUCGAACCGACCUGACGUACGCGUGUACGUGUACGCGUGUACGUGUACGCGUGUACGUGUACGCGUGUACGUGCACGCGUUUUCCAGACAACCUACUCGAACCGACCUGACCGCGUAGCUCAGUUGGCAGAGCAUUGGGCUAGUAUUCCAAAGGUCGUAGGUUCGAUUCCCACCGUGGCCAGGCAUAUUUUUCAACCUUGCCCGGUGUGGAUAUACACUCAGAGUAACAUCACAAAUAUCAUAUUCACCUGAGUACCGAUUACACCAACACAGAAAAAAUCUUAAAAGUAAUUUGUUUUCUUUUCGUAGCAACACGUCAGGACUGCAAACCAUGGAAAUCCAAGUUCCUGAUACGAUCACCAGUUGGAUUGCGAAUGGUUUUGCUAUGUCCUCUGUGUACGGAAUGGGAGUCUCAAAUCGAGCGACGUUGAAAGCUUUUCAACCAUUUUUCGUUCAAAUGACCCUGCCAUAUUCUGUAAUCCGAGGAGAAGAAGUACCCAUAACAGUCACUGUUUUUAACUAUCUGUCUUCCUGUGUUCCGGUAAGAAGGCUAGUAAGAAUACAGUUACUUGCCAAAAGUUUGAAAACAAGCCAAAACGUUUAUUUAAAUGGUUAUGGCAAUAAAAAUUAACUUUGUCUUAUUUGAAAGAACCUUUAAAGUUAUAUAUGAAGACCUUUUACAACGUUUUCGUACCUUGCUUGGUUUUCGAAAUAUUUUGACCAAAAACAGUGCGCAUGCAGUCCGCCAUCUUGGCAUUGUAAUUGACCUAAUUAACUGACUUUUUGAUGACGUCACAAGCAGGGUAAACUUGUUAAAACUUCUUCAUGUGGGACUAUAUUUUUUCGAAAAGUUUGUUAAAAUGUUAAAUUAAUUGAAUACUAAAAAGACUUCGAAAACCGGGCAAGACACGGAAUAAUUGUAAAGGAAGUUUAUGCAGUAUAUUAUGUUAAAUGUUCUUUCAAAUAAGACAAACUUAAUUUAUAUUGCCAUAUCCUAAAAGCUAUUUUAAUCAGGGCCUUUCCUGGACGCGAUAACAUCGGAGAUACCAGAAAUCGUACAAUAAUCCUUGAGGUACCAACAAAAAGUCUUAAAGUCCUAAACUCAGCCAAUGGAGAAUCUAUGGAUGGUUCGUGCAUGCUGUAUAACUCUAAACGAGCAAAGAAAGCACAGGGAUUUGCAGCUUCAUAUGUAUAGGUUAUUUUGAGGCAACGAGGGGAUAUGUGAUUUAUUCACCGAGGCGCGCAGCGCCGAGGUGAAUAAACACAUAUCCCCGAGGUGCCUCAAAAUAACGUACUUAUUUUUCACAUUGCGAGGUCGCGUUAAAGAGUCAGAAUAGAAAUAAUUCUUAGUGCCAUAUUGCCUUCGUUAUGUUGUUUUUUUUCUCAUUUAUUGUGCUGCAAAGACAUUGCAGGUGAAUAUUACAGGGGAUUAUUAAUUGCAGGUGAAUAUUAGAGGGGAUUAUUAAUUGCAGGUGAAUAUUAGAGGGGAUUAUUAUAUAAACGGAAAUUGAGGUGAAUAUUGAAUAUAUUCCCCGAUAAGAACAAAGGAAACCGAGCAGGGUGAAAAAUAAUGACAGAUAUCCCCAACAUAUUUUCCACAUAAUAUCCGAUAAAUUUUGUGUAGCGAAUAAAAUAGAUCAACUAAAAGUUGUGUCUGGAAGUUGGAGUAGAAUAUUUUGUGUGAUCCGUAUAUCUUUCCGUAUAUUAGGUGAUCCGUAUAUCUUUCAGAUAAAGCUUGUACUUUCUCGUGAAACUAGAGAUUAUAAAGUGACGUCAUUCUACAUAAGUAAGAUGUGUGUGUGUGGUGAUGAUGGCAAGUCAGUGAAGUUUAGAAUAAUUCCGAAUAAGCUUGGUCGAAUACCACUAACAGUUAAAGCUACAACAUCUGAGGCAAAUCUUUGUCCCAAGUCAACCGUAUACGCUGCUGAUGCCGUUACAAGAAAGUUACUGGUCGAGGUAAGAGUUGGCAAAAUCUUCUCACAUUAUUUUUUCUAGUAUAUCUUCUUACAUAUGUCUUCUUGUAUGACUGAGCUACCACAACAACAUACACAUACAAAAUGCAGUUCUUAAUAUAAAAAUAUCAACAAGACAUGUCGAGACUUGCAGUUAACAGUACACACGUAACACACAGAACUAGUAAAUCAAGUAACCUUGGUGAACGUUAUGGUUCAAUGGUCAGAGCCUCUGUCCGGUUAUCAGAAAGUUACGCCGAGUGUUUAAAUUCCCCGUAUCGGGCUCAGAACUUUUGUGAGUAUAAGAUUGAUACGUAUCUACACCAAAUCAUAUAUUUCAAAAAAAGAUAAUGUGGAAAUGGCGUGUUGUGCCCAUGUAUGGAUAUGCUCAUAUGCCACACAAUUUUGGCGCCAUUUUCACGUCAUCUUUGACGUCUUCGAUCUAAAUCUGUCUAAUUCUCUAUAUUGCGCCUAUAAAAAUAUCACAUCAUUGAUGUCACAUCUUCAUAUUUGGUCGGCCAUUGAAUUGACAUGACGAUUUAACCCUUGGCUCUUAGCCAAUCGGAAUUACGAUUCUUUUAAAUAAAUAAUAAAUAUUAAUCAGCAUGUGUUUUAUUUUUAGCCCGAAGGAAUAAAAAAAGACUACACCAGGGGGACAUUCUUUUGCGCUGGGACUGAAGGUAAGUCUUAUUCUAUUAAAUUUGCAGUCGACAUUUUCAGUGACAUGGUCUCCACUUUCUAGCCUGCAGUGCGCUAAAGAGAGACCGUCCCCCUGGGAAACAUGAAUCCAGCAUUUUUCAAUAUUCCCUUACUAGGCAAAUACAACGAGUCGAUUGACUUAACCCUACCGAAAGACAUCAUUCCUGGAUCAGUGUUGCCAAAGGUGUCGGUUAUUGGUGAGUUAUAGUUAGCGAUAUUUUUUUUCUUCUUUUUUUUUAAUUGAUUUCGCCCAGUAGUAUUUACAAGAAUAGUAAUUAUGCAUUAAAAUAAGUAAUGUAAGGCCUAAAUUUCGAUCAAUUAACCAUGCAGCGCCUAUUUUAGUGUGCACACUCUAAAAACACUAUCUCUGGUUACAAUUUCCUGGUCAGAGGACUAGGGAUGAGCCGAUUAAUUGGUAAAUAAUCGGCAAAGCCGAUUAAUCGGCCAUUUUUUAAAUAAUCGGUAAUCGGCCGAUUAUUGCCUGAUAAUCGGCCAUAAGACUUUUUCUGCAGCUGCCGAGCACAUGCUAAAAUAAUGAAUACGAGGGAAUAGAUUUUCACAUUUUGUUGCAAAAACCUGCGUCUUUUGUCUCAAAACCGGCACCUUUUGUCUCAUGUGAGUGGCUUGAGGAAAUCAUUAAAACAGUUAUGUAAAACCACCAACGCAUUCCUAUGCAUUGAGUCAUACCAUAUUCUGUUUUCUGAUUGGCUUAAAUAUAAUCCUGAUAUUUGUAAUAAAAUGCAGGGGUGGGAUUGCUUGGACGCUGUAAAAAGCGCAGUUUGGACAUAUUUUGGAAGAUAACAACAAAAGAAAGUUUGCAAGGAAAAAAGCUCUCAAAUCGUAAUCAGCAGACGAAGAAAAACAUGCAAACAGUUCACCAAUUCAACAAUUUCAUUGUUGGUAAUUUUGCUUUUUAAAAUAAUCGGCAGGUACCGAUUAAUCGGCCGAUUAGUUACGAUAAUCGGCCUUUAAAUAAUCGGCCUCAGUAAUCGGCAAUUUUCCUUAUCGGCUCAUCCCUACAGAGGACAUUGGCAAUAAAAAAUUAGUACUGUCAUUUGUACUGUCAUGCAAGAUCGAGAGCCCAAAAAUCUCGAUUUUUAUAGAGAGGCAUAUUUCGGGAAAGGGUGUUGUAGUUGUAGUUUCAUCAUCAGUGAUACCUCAGCUAUAUCCGGAGGGAUAUAAAUAUACCGGUUUAUGGAGAAUAUGUGAUGCCAUGCUGGCGCCGACGGUCACAGAAUUGACGUCGGGGAGUGUCGCCGACUCGUGAAAAAUGGUAAUUUAUUUAAUUUUUUUUUACAUAUUUGUUUUUUUGUCUAGGUGAUGUAAUGGGUCCAGCUCUGUCGAAUCUUGAUGGGUUGCUGGCGAUGCCAUAUGGGUGUGGAGAGCAGAAUAUGGCAAAGUUUGCGCCGAAUAUUUAUAUCAUGGACUAUCUCAUAAACACUGAUCAAGCUUCACAGAAAAUAAAGGACGAUGCCAUAUAUUAUAUGAAUUCCGGUUGGUGUAUUUUUCGUAAUAUGUACCGCACGAGCCGCCGUGUUUUAUAAAAGAUUGAUGAGAUAUCUUGGACUGUAUUCCGUAAUAUAAGAAAUUCAAUGUAUACUUGCGAAUAUGUUAAUAUCCCAUUAAUAUUCUCUACCUCUGUCUAACGCCAGGUGACGUUACACAUCAAAGGCAACGUUUUGCGCAUUCAGGAGUUUACGCAUUUAAGACGGCUUUAAGACUUUUCAUUUCAACUUAUUCAAUCGAACGAAACCGUUUUACGGGUCGAUUAGUGAUGAAAUAUCCCUCAAGCCUCGAGAGGUGUAGCAAACGUCCCUCGGUGCAAUGUCAUGCUAUUAUUAAUUAUAAGAAUGCGAAAGAUAACAAGUGUGAAAUAGGACCCACAACUUUUGGCCAUCAUUGGAGUCAAACUGAUUUCAAUCAAAUGGCUUUUUCCAAAUUAUAUUCAUAUUAUAAACGAUUUUUUUGCUUAGGAUAUCAAAGGCAGUUGAGAUACAAGCGAAGACGUGGUUCGUACAGCGCUUUUGGAAACUCGGACAGACAGGGAAGCAUGAUGUAACUUUAUAAUUCACCUUUUUCUCAAAAUGUGGUAUUGGUUUCGGGAAAAAUGAUUGCGUUGAAAAAACGAGGCUAGCCUGGUUUUUCCCACACAUUUUGAGGUGUUCCACAUACGUAAAAAUCUCGCAUCUUGUCAAGAAAAUAUGUUCGCAACAGGCGUUUGUAUAACAAGCUUAUCGACGAGUUGGAACAAUAGGGCCAUUUAUACGGAACAAAAUAAGACGCGACUUAAAUAAGACGCGAGUUUGUCGUAUAAAAGGUACAAAAUUCUUAUGUAAGACGCGUCUUGGAUAAGACGCCCGUCUUACAUAAGAACAGGCCUUUUAGCUGUUCUUAUCUAAGUCGCGUCUUAAAUAAGAAAUUUUGGACAAAAAGUUUAACUACACAUGCCAGAAACUUAAAACAACGUAAAAUUAUUAGUCUUGCAUAUUAAAAAAAAAAAACCGAAACAACAUUAUAUCGCUAUAGCAAGUAAAUAAGAAUAAAGCCCUAGAGAACCAUUUAUGCGAUAACUCCGCUUAUUUGAGUCGCGUCUUAUGUAAGUCGCGUCUUAUUUUGUCUCGUAUAAAUGGCCCUAAUGUUGCCAUUUUAUCAAGAUUGUCGCACACAAAUUGUUAACAGGUUGUUGAAUCGCAGGCCAAUAACAAGCUGAUGGUGUUUUGAUGGAACAACUUGUAACAAUUUUGUUGAGUUUUUGUGAUUACGCACAUAAAAGUCUCACAUCUUGUAACAACUCUGCCGUCAACAAGUUGUCUUAAUUCGCACUGUUUGUCCCAAGUUAUCAACAAGUUUGGAACAAGCUGUUAACAACUUGUAACAACGUUGUUUAUAUUAUCAUACUUGUUGCAAAGUUGGUCCAACAAGUUUGAUACAGUUAUGAUAUAACAGUAUUGCUACAACCUUGUGUCGUCAGCCUUGUAACAUUCCUGUAAAAUCAUGACUGUAUCAGACUUGUUAUAACAACCUUCCUACAAAUCUGAUAAUGACAUCAAGCUUGUUACAAGUCGUUAACAGCUUGUUUCAAACUUGUUACAACAAAAUGGGAACAAGCAAUGUGAACACAACUUGUUGACAGCUUGUGAACAGAUUUGUGACAACUUCUAUCUAGACCUACAUUAUUAUAAGAACUUGACAAAUCUCGCCCAAACGUCACUAUUUCGCGGUUCAAACUAAAUGUUGCUACGUUUCAACAUGCACGUUUGACCCGCCCAUCGUGUACGUUUGAAAUGUAAACAAACGUGAAAAAAAGUUUGGAUUUUGCGGUUGCUUGCAAAUGGUAGUAUAACAAACUUGUCAUCAAGCCCCAAACAGGCAUUGUUGAAACAGCAUUGGUACAAGUCUGCUGCAGGUUUGUUAAAUUAAGUUGGGCGCUUUUACGUCAUCGGACUUGGAUAUUUAAAGAGAAAUUUAACAUUUACUUUCAAUAGGUUAACAGCGUUUGUGGUUCGUUCGUUUGCAAGAGCGCGGAAGUACAUUUUCGUUGACGAGGACGAUAUUAAAGACUCAGUCAGGUGGUUUGAACGAAAACAAAAUUUUAAUUCGGGUUGUUUCCAAAAUUAUGGCGGACUGUUUGAUAGAUCACUCCAGGUAUGAUUCAAUAUUACAUAGAGACCGGUCAUUAUCAUGGCCGGGGGGGUUCAACCAUUAAAAUGUUUUUUUACCCAACCUCAAAAUCAAUUAAGAAAUAAAUACUCACUGGCCAAAAACGUUACAAAAGGAUACCAUUCAGUUAUCAUACAUGUCCUUUACCACUUCUGUGACAAAUGAUAAAUGCUUGUGCAAACUUCUGCAGUUUAAAGUUUCAUGUUGUCUGCACAAAUGUACUUUCUUUGGGGACACCAUUUGCCUCCUGACAAAUCGGAAAUGAUCAAGAUAGUGACUCUGACUGAUUCACAUAUUGUAUUGACAUAUGACUGUUGACAUUGCUUUUUAGUCUUCCAUAUAAUUGAGUGAGUCAUGCUUUGGAAAUGACAAUAAAUUUUUAAUACCCAAUUCUUGAGUUGUUUUGUUUUUCAUUUAUCCAACCUUUUACUCAAAUUUUGUUUACCCAACUUUUUUCGACUUCUUUCUCUUCGAUGCCACCUCGAAUAUCUAGAUAUAUUUGGUGCUCUUUUACAAAAUAACUCACAAACUAGUAAUCACACAAGUACCCCGAAUCAUCCGCUGCACUUCCAGAUCCACUAGAUCCUCCGCCAAUAACAGUUCUAAGUUCGUCGUGCCAAAAUGCAAAACAGUAACAUACCAAAGAUUUCGCAUGGUAAUUCGGGAAACUCGAAUUCGAAUAUGGAACCAUCUCGUUGAUAAACUUAAUUUGAAUACGGAUAGUUUUUUCUCGUUUAAGUCGGCAAUGUUUAAGUAUCAUACUUCCUCUUUGUCGUCGUGUUAAGAUGUUGAGAAUCCUCGUAGUUAUAAAACUAUGUGUCCUAAGUGUAAUUAUGUGAUUCGUAGUCUCACAACGUCAUUAUUGUGCUGUUUGUGGGAACUGUUAGUGCUGUUCUUUGUUGUUUCAUUUGUGUAUUGUUGUAAUUUAUUUAUUUGGGACCGUAUAUAGUAAUUGGCAAUUACGAUGUUGCGGAUUUUCUGCCAGUAUGUAAUAUGCACAAGGCGAUUUUAUCAUACUUUUUAAUUUUAGGGUGGUGUGAACAGCGAGCUUACCAUAACAGCUUAUGUUACUAUUGCUCUACUGGAAGCGGGUCUUCAGGUUCAGGUAAUGUAAAUACAUUCAUAUGGUAUAGUCUCACAUCUUGUAGCAAGUCUGCCAACAAGCCGCCAACAAGCUGUCUUCGCACUGCUUGUCCCAAGUUGUCAACAAGUUUGGAACAAACUGUUAACAACUUGUAACAACCUUGUUGAGAUUGUCAGACUUGUUGCACGGUUGUUCCAACGAGUCCGAUACAGUCAUGAUAUAACAAUAUUGUUACAACCUUGUGUCAUCAACCUUGUAACAUUCUUGUUAUAUCAUGACUGUCAGGCUGUAUCAGACUUGAUACAACAACCUUUUAACAAGUCUGAUAAUGCCAUCAUGCUUGUUACAAGUUGUUAACAGCUUGUUCCAAACUUGUUCCAACAACUGGGAACAAGCAGUGCGAACACAACUUGUCUACAGCUUGUGAACAGAUUUGUAACAACUUGUUUGCAGACUUGUAACAACUUGUGCGUUUUUACGUGUGUAUGUAUAACUCUAUAGCUUGUAGCAAACUUGUCGGCAGGUUGUAACAAUGCUGUUAUUUUAUCAAGUUGCUACAAGGUUGUCACUCACAACUUGUUGGCAAAGUGUUGAAUUUUUUAUGUAGCAAGCUUUUGAGCUCAACAACCUUGUAGCACAAAUUGCCCACAAGCCGUUGACAUCUUGUCAACAAGCUAGUAACAAGCAGUGCGAACACAUCCUGUUGACAAGUUUUUGGAACAGCAUUGCUGCAAGUCUGUUGCAGGGUCUAAACUUUGGGGGGAGGGACCAAAAUUUUUAUGGAAUUUCAUAUGGCAUUUGAAAUGCGAGUGCCAAACGCGCGAGGAAUCUAGGUGACCCGGAGGCAUGCUCCCUCGGGAAAAUUUUGGAUUUUUAGAUGCAUUAGAACGCUAUUUCACGUAUUUUAGGACGAGGUUUGAAGAAAAGUUACUACCACAAAAAGCCUUUUUUUAAGCCGCCUAAUGUUGUUAGAUCGAAAAACUAUUUUUAUAAAACAUUGUACUGUACACAAAAAUACAACAGCAAACUAGCACGAUGUCUUCGUUUUUGAAGUGGAAAUUAUAUUGUAAUAAAAAUAAUAAACUUUGAACUUCGACUGCUGCUAUGCGCGUAAAUUCAAGUUCAAAUGUGCUUUCAACCACCGUAGGCAUUUUUUGCUGGAGUUAAGAUUUUAAAACUAGGGAAGACUACAACUUUUAUUGGUAAACAAAAGAGAUGGGAAUCAUUAUUCACGCAUCGUAAACACCCCCCCCCCCCAUUUCUGUCCGGAUUUCAGCUUUUCACAAGGGCAGUCCUUUUGCCCAUUGGCGGGGGGGGGGGGGGCAGGGCCCUUCUACGCCACUGUUGGAAUGCAACUAAGGGGACGUUUCGAGCGGUUCGUCGUUUCGAGCGAAUGAGUAGACAACUUGCAUGUUAGACUAAUUUUUGAUUUAGGCAAAGAAAACUAAAUUCCCGUAAAGAUCUUAUUAAAAUAAGUAAAAUUGCAAAAUUUGGUUACGAAACGUUGUAAAAUACAGAAAAUAUAGCCUUGCGAAGUUUGCAUAUUUUCAGUGUGUUUGUAUUACGUGCGGAAAUUGUUACCAUUUUCGAGCCGAAAAUGGUAACAAUUUCCGCACGUAAUACAAACAUACUGAAAAUAUGCAAACUUUGCAAGGCUAUAUUUUCUGUAUUUUACAACAUUUCGCAACCAAAUUUUGCGAUUCUACUCAUUUCAUUAUGUUCUUUUUAACUGUUGUGUUUGAUUCCCUUCUCUUUACUUAGAUUAAAAUUUAGUCUAACAUGCUAGUUGUCCAACAGCCAAGGUUUGGAGUUACUGGCCAAGCUGCACGUUUUUAUGUGUGUGUGUCGUGACUUCUGAGUCGCAUACAAUCGCAGUUAAAUCAUUCGUCAUAACAACAAGGGUGGGUUGACUACAAAAUUUCUGUAUUCGCUAUAACUACAGCUACUUCAAAAAUAUGUAGUCAGCUACAACUACUGCUACUGUUGAACAAAGGUAGUUCGCUACUGACUACAGCUACUGCUUAAAAAAUGUAGCGAACUAUUUCACUAUUUCACUACAAUAUAUUUUUUAGUUUUACUAUAUUUGGAGCAUCUACUAACUCAAGCUGUAAUGUAAUCUAUGGCCAUCUAUAACAAAUCGACUUACGAGUAGCAACAGUAAACACAAAGCAACAUUUUUGUAUAGCACAACAGUGUUCAGGAGUGCAAAUUGACUAUUGAGUAUUGAUUUUAAGCAAACCGUGUCUCAAUAUCAUGCUAUUCUAUCAAGUUGCUAACAAUUUUAAAAAGUAGCGAAUCGCGAUUCGCUGUUUGAAAAGUAGUCAACUACUUGGCUACUUUUAGGCAAUGAUUUAGUUCGCUAUAACUACAGCUACUGUUUUAAAAAAGUAGUCAAAAACUACUGGCUACUUGAAAAUUGUAGUUCGCUACAGUAGCGAACUACAACUACUUCGCUACUACCCACCCUUUCAUAGCAAGUAACUAAAACAAGGAGCUCCUCUACUGCGUUCUCAUUUUUCGAUAAUAGAAUUGUCCGUUUAAAUCAUUUUGUUCUUUUUGUAUACUUCAGACCAGGAUGGUUUCCAAAGCCCUUGAUUGUAUUACGGGAAAGCUCGAUGGCAUUCAAGAUUCCUACACUACGUCAUUAGUAACAUACGCCUUAGUAUUGGCCAAUCAUUCGAAGGCAGAAAUGAUGAUGAAACGUUUGAAGAAACAGGCAAUUACCUCGGCAACAAAUGGUGAGAGUUUCAUGAUCUGUUUCCAGCUGUUAUAUACGUCAUAUAUUCAUUGAGGUCAAUUUAUUUUGUAAUACCCAAUGAGUGGCAGCACACUCCAAUUGACGGGUAAAAUCGUCUGGCGUUAGGGCGCAAUUCCAGUCCUCGUACGAAGCGCCUCGCAGCUCGCUGCGAGUGCAUGCAUGAGCAUAGAGAUUAUAAGUAACACUAGAGGAGGCAUUGUAAUCUUAAUUCAGUAAAAAAAAGGGAACGCAGCUAUUGGUGGGCAAAUUCAAGUCCCGGAUGUGUAUUCUUGUUCUCAUUGGUGACGAGUUUCAAAUCAGCCAAUGAGAGCACGAUUUUAUAUCCGGGACUUGAAUUUGCCCCCCAUUAGCUGCGUUCCCAAUUUUUAGACUCGAUGCCUCCUCUAGUGUUAUUUAUAAUCUCUAUGUGCAUGAGCACUUUCAUCCAAUGACAAUGCUUAAGACUUAAUUUUAAUUAGAUGCAAGCACUCGCAGCGAGCUGCGAGCAGCUUCGUGCGAGGACUGGAAUUGCACCUUUAGACAGAGUAAAAUAUUAAAUUAGGGCGAAUACAGUGCAAUUUAUGAACAAUAACAAAGAUAGCCAAUAAGAUACAGCAAUUUCUAGCAGAAAUAAAAAUAAUUCAAAUAUGAAGGAAUCAAUUUUUUCCUUGUAGUCACAUAAUUUUCUCAUGUAUAUUAUUAUUAAUAAGUAAUAGUAUGGUUUCUUGUGCAAUUUGAAAAAACAUACACUUCGUGAGUUUUUCAAAGACUUCAAGAUUACAAUUUUGAUAGUCUCUGGGGGUUGCUGAGGCUCCUUAUCAAAAAUGUCAUGCUGCUGUGGGAGUUGAUCUCCCAAUAUUUUUGCUGGUCGCAUAUUCAUAAACUGGAACGUUCUUUGCAAUUGUAUGGUAUUGAAAUUAUGUGGUAUGAUGUUACAACAAUCGUAAUAGAGAGGAUUCGUGACUAUAUAGUUACAUGCAUAACUUCCAAUGUUAUGAAAGUGAAGAACUAAUAGAGUUUGAUUUGCUCAUUCGCUUUUAGGCGAUCAACUUUUCUGGUCAGCAGGCAAAGAGCAACGACGACGCCCUGCUGAUGUGGAAAUGACUGCUUAUGCGUUGAUGUCUUAUCUCAAACUCGAAGAUUCCAUUUCUGACGUUACUAUGAUCGUGAAGUGGUUAUCAAAGCAGCGUAAUAACUAUGGAGGAUUUGCUUCAACACAGG